GCUAUGGCGACUAACCGGCGUUCUCUUUUGAUGGACCGAAUGUGGAUGGAGACGAGCUGAUGAGAACUGAACCCGUCGGCGGCGAGGAAGAAUAAUGGUAAGAAGCAUCUUCCCUCUCUCCAAUCGCAGACUCAUUCGCCGUCUCCUCCCUCUGCUUAAACAACACACGACCGCCAUUCACACUACAACAAUUAUUACUCGUCGGCGGCUCCGAUUUGAGUCCCAACUGACCCGUUCCGAACUCCUCGAUCGGAUAUGUCGACUCUUAAUUCUCCGGCGCUAUGACGCCGUAGACAGCAUCAAUAUUGAUUUCUCCGACGCCCUCGUCGACGCCGUUCUUCGAAAGCUCAAGCUAAACCCCGAAGCCUCUCUUCAUUUUUUCGAACUAGCUUCAAAGCAGCAAUAUUACAGGCCGCACAUGAAAUCUUACUGCAUAAUCGUUCACGUAUUGUCGAAAGCUCGAAUGUUCGACGAAGCGCGGUUUUAUUUGGAUGAGCUCGUGGAACUCUCUCGACAAAAGGAAUCAACGUCGCUUGUAUGGAAUGGAUUGAUUGCAGUUUAUACGGAAUUUAAAUUUUCUCCCAUGGUUUUUGAUAUGGUUCUGAAAAUUUACGCUAAGAAGGGGUUGAUUAAGAAUGCACUGUAUGUGUUUGAUAAUAUGCCCAAGUGCGGCUGCAGGCCGAGCUUACUGUCUUGUAAUAGUUUGUUGAGUUGUUUGGUGAAAAAUCGUGAAUAUCAUACUGCAUUUUGUGUUUAUGAUCAGAUUACUAGAAUUGGAAUUUCUCCUGACAUAUACACUUGCACAAUAAUGGUAAAUGCCCAUUGUAAGGAUGGUAGAGUUGAUAAAGCUGAGGACUUUAUUGAGAAAAUGGAAGCAAUGGGUUUGGAAGCAAAUAGAGCCACUUACCAUAGUUUGAUCAAUGGGUAUGCGGAGAAUGGUGAUAUGACUGGAGCUGAAAGAGUGUUAAGAUUAAUGAUUGAAAGAGGUAUAUCCAAGAAUGUGGUGACGUACACAUUGCUAAUCAAGGGAUAUUGCAGGCAGGGGAAUAUGGAGGAAGCAGAGAAAGUAUUUCGAGGGAUGGAGGUGGCAGAGAAUGAUACAGUAGUUGUGGAUGAGCAGGUCUUUGGUGUGUUGAUAGAUGGGUUUUGUCAAAUUGGGAAACUGGAUGAAGCGCUUAGGAUUCGAGAUGAGAUGUUGAAAUUAGGCUUGAAAAUGAACCUAUUUAUUUGCAAUUCAUUUAUAAAUGGUUAUUGCAAGCUUGGUCAAGUCCGCAAAGCAGAAUGGGUUAUAAGGACUAUGAUGGGCUGGAAUGUAAGACCAGAUUCUUACAGCUAUAAUACCCUAUUAGAUGGUUAUUGCAGGGGAGGUUGGACAAGUGAAGCAUUCAACCUUUGUGAUGAAAUGAUUCAAGUUGGUAUAGAUCCAACAGUUGUAACUUACAAUACUCUCAUGAAAGGUUUGUGUCAAGCUGGUGCCAUUGGUGAUGCUUUGGACCUCUGGCAUUUGAUGCUUAAGAGAGGUUUUGCUUCUGAUGAAGUUGGAUAUGGUACACUUUUUGCUGCACUUUUUAAGGCGAAUGAUUUUGAGAAGGCUACAAUGUUGUGGAAACAUAUUAUGGCUAGAGGGUAUACCAAAAGCCUAAUUCUUUUCAAUACAAUGAUCAAGGGACUAUGUAAGAUGGGGAAAAUGAUUGAAGCUGAGCAGCUUCUUGACAAAAUGAAGGAGCUUGGCUGUUCACCUGAUGGAGUAACUUAUAGAACCUUAAUUAACGGUUACUGUAAAGAUGGUCAAAUUGAAAUGGCUUUGAGAAUAAAGGGAGUCAUGGAACAGCAAGGAAUCCUUGCUUCCAUUGAAAUGUACAAUUCAUUUGUUAGUGGAUUUUUUAUGGCUAGGAAGUUGAACAAAGUCGAAGAUCUUCUCAAUGAAAUGCAUACAAAGGGAAUAACGCCCAAUGUUGUUACAUAUGGUGCCCUUAUUACUGGAUGGGUUAAGGAAGGAGAGCUUGAGAGAGCUUUUAAUGCAUAUUUUGUGAUGAUAAAUCAGGGGUUGAAUCCAAAUGGGAUCAUAUUCAGCACCAUUAUUGGUGGAUUAUAUAGGCAUCGCAGGACUGCUGAUGCAAAUAUGUUGUUGCAAAAAGUAAUGGACUUUGAUACUAGUCUGAACCUUAACUGUCCUCAUGGUUUUUCGAACCCCCAUGUAAGAUCAUUAGAUGUUCAAAAAAUUGCAAAUUCCCUUGAUGAGGGGGUAAAAAAUUCUAUUGUGCCGAACAAAAUUCUAUAUAAUCUAGCAGUAGUGGGGCUAUGCAAAAUUGGAAGGAUCAAUGAUGCCAGAGAAAUGAUUAGUGCUUUGUUUGAGAAAGGAUUUAUCCCAGAUGAGUUUACAUACUGUGCCUUGAUACAUGGUAUUUCAUUAGCUGGUAAUGUUGAUGAGGGUUUUAAAUUACGGGAUGAGAUGCUAAAAAGGGAUCUUGUUCCAAACAUUGCUAUCUAUAAUGCUCUCAUCAAUGGCCUUUGUAAAACAGGAAAUGUUGAUAGAGCACUGAGACUUUUUCAUAAGCUUCACUCAAAAGGCUUAACCCCCAAUGUUAUAACCUAUAAUACUUUGAUUGAUGGGUACUGUAAGACUGGAAAUACUAGUGAAGCUCUUGAAUUGAAAGAGAGAAUGAUAAAAGCCGGGAUUACUCCUUCAAUGGUUACUUUUUCUACUUUGACCAAUGCUCUGCGUAGACAAGGAAAUGUGGAAGAAGUAUCAAAACUUUUGGAUGAAAUGAUGAAGGCUAGUUGGGAACUGAAUCUUGUGACAAAGAGAAAAAUUAAUGAAGUGGCAGGCAUUGGGGUUUAGUCUCCACUUGCGGGGAAAUGUUACAAACAGAUGGAGAAGCCUAAAUGAUAUGGCUCCUUCUCCUUGAUACAAAAUGCAUUGUUGAAUUUUAAGAACUUAGGGAAUCAACCAAAUUCUAAAUCUGGAGUUGGAUGUAUGCAGCUCUGUUUUAUUGAGUUGAAGUAACUAAGUUAUAGAGAUCAUACAUUCAUUGUGUUAUGUGCUUUUCAGACAUGGACAUUUGAUUCACAGGGAUUGGUCCAUGCUGUGCGACCUAGGGUUAACUGGUCACUCCUGAACAGCAUGUUCCAUGAGGUCAAUCUCAUAGGAAAAUCUUCAUUUUGGCCUGAAACCAUGUCAUUGGAGGGGCUGGAUCAAACCGAACAAGAGUACAACCUCGAUAGUCAAUCACAAUUAAAUGAAGAUGAACAAAUUGCCAGAGCUCUUUGGGAGUGCUUGAGCAUUGAAUAUCCACCUUUGCAGGCAAACCAAAAUGGCAGUUGGCAGGGAUGUGGAUAUGGCAAUGGGAACUUCUAUCAACUUGUAACUUCCCCCUACACAACAAGUUAUAGGCUGUUGAUAGGAUUGAUCCUUGUACAUGGGAAUAUUCAUGCUUGGCUUCAACUCAAAGGUUAUCAAACUCUUGGCCAAUAUGUUGAAGAAGGCAUGUUAAGUGCUGGUGCUUAUGUGGCAAGAAUCUCGGAUUAUGUCCUUGUUGUGCAGCAACAGUGCUCAACUCAUACUCUCAAAUCACAGGAUCAGUUCUUAUGAAUGGAAUCUCAGGGGGUACUUCUUACACCAGAUUGAAUCUCACAUCACUGGUUCAUGGAAAUAGUCAUAGUAUGUCCAUUCCAGACUUCGUUGCAAGCUCGAGCUAUUUGGGAUGUGGAAUCUCUGGAGAGCAUUCUUAUUACCUGAUUUGUGGUCACUAAAGAGAAGCUAGUUUUGACAUUCUUUAUGACUGAGUUUACACAAGCCUGCUGGAUGCAAAUUAUUGAUACCAAAAAAAGAGAAAAAGAACAGGAAUACUAAAUAUUGGGUGGGAGAAAAUUGCUGCUGAAUUCAAUACAGUUGGGCAUCCCCUUGGACAGUAUUUGCUUAUAUGAUCUGGAAUAUAUGGAAAUUGAUGAACUCCCUAGGUUUGAAGGGUAUUCGAAUCUCUCCAGAAGCAUACAGAGUCCUAUGGGUAGGGGGGAUUAAGAUUUAUAAGAGUUGUCAACUGCAUACCUCAAACAAGGAUUUUCAGAUUUUGGAAGCUUAAUUCUGAUGGAAAAUUAAGCUCAUGUGACAAUGAGUUAAAAUUUACUAAAAAUAAUUUUAUGGGUUAGAUUUUAAUUCUUUUUACGAAGUUAUUAUAAUUUGAAUUGUUUGAAAUAUGUAUUUAAUAGUUGAGAGUAUAUUUAUUUAUUGUAUUGAAGAUAUUAGUUGAUUGA